ACCACGUUCGACGGUGUCGAGGCCAGAGGUGCAAAGUCAUAGUGCAGCAACACUUCUCGAAUUGAAGAGAGAAUGUCGCAAGCCCAGGAUCGAGUCUUGCUUUUUCGACAUGACCGAGUUGGUGAAGCCGAAUCCAGCUGCAGACUUCGAGCUGCGUCAUCAACGAAGUUCGGAUAACGACCAGCAGCUGCCCACGCCCUUAUUAACACCGCUCGUCGGGAGCCCGCUGCUCCAGAGCUUCGCACCCAAAGAGGAGGCUAUAUACGAGUCGCUCGAGGACCGCCUGAACGCGCCGCCAGUCGACUUACCUAGUAGCGACGGGUUCGAGAGGUCGGGUACUGCAUCAAAGUCGAAAGACUCGAAGUCGACGUACACUGCAGAUGAUGGCCCGCGACAGCGUAGCGCCUCAGAUAGGCUCGCUACACCUGGUGCUCUCAGCUCCGAGCGGGUGUUGAAGCUGUCGCCGCAGGAGUUGAAGGAGCUUACACUUGAUGCUGCCUCCCUGCCUGUGCGAAGAGCAACGCCUAGUCCUACGUCGGAGGAUGCACCGUUCUCAGCACCUCUGUACAGAGAUGCGAACACCGCCGUCACGAUGGAAGACCGAGCCAAGUGGCAGCAGUGGGCCCAGGAGGUUGAGCACAGGGGGCGGCCGACAGUGAACAGAACGAGGAGGUACGGUAGCUUCUUAAUGGACAGAUCUAAGAACGAAGGCCAAACGGGAGAGGGUGGAGACGGUGAGCAGCUGCUCUCUGGGACAUCAAGGCCUCAUUUACCAGCUAGAACCGUCUCGACUCCUCCGAAUUCACGCAGGAAAUAUUCGUCAAGAGGGCGCCUCGCGACGAAUGAGGUGAUCCAGAAGGAGAAACCUCCGCCGUCUCCAUCGGAGAUUCCCAAUCCCAGACAGGAUUCCAGGCAGGAUAGGAUGAAUGGACAUACAAAAGCACCGGCUGCGGCUCCACCACCUAUGCAGACCCCGGCGCUGCCACUGCCGCCGCUGUCCCUGCCGACCUUCUUGCAGCUGGAGCUUGAUGCUCAAGAGCCCUCGCAGCUUUACAUUUACCGCCCUGCGAAUGCAGAUUUUCCUUACGAGUCCUCUGCCGUCAAGUUUGAACGGCUGGAGAACUUCCUGCUGCUUCCGGGACAUCUUGAAGGCACGCUCAUAUUCGGCGCUGCGGCGUGCUUUGACGCCUGGCUUUAUAACCUCACCAUAUUGCCGAUCAGGUUCUGCAAAGCACUCGCCAUUCUAGUGCAGUGGUGGCUGCGUAACGCCUGGAAGGAGAUGUGUGACCUCGUCGAGUUCGUCUACUUGGGCGUCGGAAGACUAUGGCGCCGGAAUCGAUCAGGAAGCGCUCCACCAGAGUACGCAACGCCAAUGCUUUCUCAACCCGGAUCACGUCGUGCGUCUAACGUCUCCGAGAUCCCGCCCUUGCCUUCUACUCAGAAAGAGAUUCGUGGCGAGUCCAAUGGUCUUGCACAGGCUCGUACCGAACAGCCAAAGCGUCUUCUCAAGAACAGCGGUCGACGGCAUCGUCGGACACGAUCCACGCCUUCCUUAUUGAUGCCGAAUCACAAAGCGGACAUUCUGAAGGGCUUCCUCAUCAUCUGUUCCUCUUUUCUUCUUCUAUAUCUCGACCCCAGCCGCAUGUACCACAAUAUUCGUGGUCAGGCCGCCAUAAAACUCUACGUCAUCUACAACAUGCUUGAGGUUGCCGACAAGCUUCUCGGAUCAAUCGGACAGGACAUCCUUGAGUGCCUUUUCUCUCGCGAAACACUCGAGCGGAAGCCGGACGGUCGAAGCAAAGUUUUGCGACCGUUCUCGCUGUUCAUCCUCUCCCUCAUAUACAACGUGAUCCACGCCUCCGCACUCUUCUACCAGGUCAUCACCCUGAACGUCGCCGUCAAUUCCUAUUCGAACGCCCUUCUCACGCUGUUGAUGUCGAAUCAGUUUGUCGAGAUCAAGGGUUCCGUUUUCAAGAAAUUUGAAAAGGAAAAUCUGUUUCAGAUGUGCUGUGCCGAUGUGGUGGAGCGGUUCCAGCUUCUGCUGAUGCUUCUCAUCAUCGCCAUGCGUAACAUUGUCGAGGUGGGUGGCAUUAGCAUUUCUAUAAGCAGCAGUUCCUUCUCCGCCUCUUCGACGAGCCCGCCGAACACCAACGCUACAGGGUCGCCAUUUACCAGCAGUGCGAUCCUUCCGCGAAGCUUCAAUAUCUUGCCGUCGUUCCCAGGCAAGGUGCUCACGCCUUUUCUGAUCGUCAUCUGUUCCGAGAUGGUCGUGGACUGGCUUAAGUACGCCUACAUCAACAAGUUUAACAACUACAAACCUAACAUAUUCGGACGCUUCUUUGACGUUCUAGCCAAGGACUACUACACACACGCGUUCAGCGACCAGAACCUUACCCGUCGAAUCGGCUUGCCCGUGUUCCCGCUGACCUGCCUGUUCAUUCGAGCGAGCGUGCAGACGUAUCAUAUGCUGAUUGCCACGUACUUCCCUCCGCCUGUACCGAGUCCUAUCACCGGCCUUGCCAUCGAGGAUGAGUUGCCGACGUCCACACCGGCGACCACCGCGGCGUUUGCUCAUAUUGACAGGCUGUUGCGUCGUGCGCUUGGUCGUUCCGACUUCUCGGGCACCGCAUCUACCUUCUCGUACUUCAACUUUGACGAUUUCACGGCCAUUGCUACGACUGUUAUCCUGGGCCUGAUUGUGUAUCUUUUGUUACUCGCCUUCAAGCUUGUGUGGGGCAUGUUCCUUCUCGCUAUCGCCCGAAGGCGUUACAUGGGCUUAAAGGUUAGAGAGACCGAGGUCGUGGAUAGUGAUGGCAAGCGUAUCGGAGGUUGGGGUUCCGUGGAGCUUGGCGAUGAAAGAAGAAAGGUGAUUUACGAGGGUGAUGAGAAGGGGUUGCAGAAAGCUAGGGAGCGGGAUAAAGGAACUGAAGAAGGUAAAGGAAAGGCCGUAGACUACAGUCGAGUGAGACGGUAUGAUAUGGUAGCGAAGAGGAUAUGGUAGAACUGGUAGCAAAUUCUGUCAUAGAACUUGAUCAUCUAGCAUUUGAACACAUCGUUUA